AUGAUACCAUUCGGAGCGGAGUUAAACAAGGAUGUCCUAAAAGUCUCCCGAGAAUUAGGAAAGUACCAAGAAGCCGCAAACCUUGAAUUUCAUCAUCAAAAACCAUCAUGUUCGUGGUUGGUGGACAAAAGUAGCAUUGCAGCCAAAAUAUGGCAUGCAUCUGGAGCAACCGAGAGAGUUAUAUCGGGAAGCAAUCCAACUACAGCUUGCCCAAAUUGUCAACAUGUUAUUGAUAACCGUAGAGUAACACAAGAGUGGCCUGGACUACCUAGAGGUGUUAAAUUUGAUCCAUCUGAUCAAGAAAUAAUGUUGCACUUACUUGCAAAAGUUGGCCAAGAAAACUUAAAAUCUCACCCUCUCAUCGACGAAUUUAUCCCUACUAUUGAUAUGGACGAGGGUAUCUGCUAUACUCAUCCUCGAUAUUUACCAGGUGUUGCACUAGACGGAAGUGUUUCGCACUUUUUCCAUAGAGCGGUAAAAGCUUAUAAUUCUGGCAGUCGAAAGCGUCGAAGAGUAAAUGGUCAAGAUGAUUUAAGUUAUGUCCGCUGGCACAAGACCGGAAAGACUAAGCCGAUUCUUUUGAACGGGGUUCAAAUAGGAAGUAAAAAGAUUAUGGUUCUCUAUUCGACUCAGGAUUCAUCUGGUAAAACUAAUUGGAUUAUGCAUCAGUAUCAUCUUGGGACGAAAGAGAAUGAAAAGCAUGGAGAGUACGUUGCAUCGAAAGUCUUUUACCAGCAGCCGGAGCAUGUCAAACUGCGGGCCAAAGGUGAUCAGGAUAUUCGUCACACCGCUGAAAAAGAGAGUCCUAUCACUCCCAAUUCUGUGGCUGGUGAGCCUCAUCGGUUCAUAAAGCAACGCUCGGAUAUGGACCAAGCUCAAGAAUCUCAUCAUACUCCUGAGACUCAGGUAAACCUUCCUGAGUUAGAAAGUCCGAUAUUUGGUAGUCGGGAUGACAAUGAUGAGCUUGCAAAUAUAGAUAUGUCGAUGUAUAGGUCGAUGUUAGAAACUCCGAUUAAUGAAGGGAUAGAUGACAUUGACCUGUCACAGAACCUAUUAGAUUCACAAAAAUUUGCGGAAGCAUUUCCCUCGUUUAAGGAUUUGCUUCCAGGCCAGUCUCUGAAUAGGGAUGGAGAGCAUAAUGAGCAACAUAGUCUUGCUACAUGUGCUCAUCUAGGACAAGACCAGUUGAAGAACAAUAUUGAAGAUUACCAAAAUCUUGACCUGGACACUGCAAAGAAGAACGAUAUCGAAGAUUACCAAAAUCUUAACCUUGAUAUUGCAAACAAGAACUAUAUCGAAGAUAACCAAAAUCUUGACCUUGACUUUGCAAACAUGAACGGUAUCGAAGAUUACCAAAAUCUUGACCUUGACUUUGCAAACAUGAACGGUAUCGAAGAUUACCAAAAUCUUGGCCUUGACUUUGCAAACAUGAACGGUAUCGAAGAUUACCAAAAUCUUGACCUUGACUUUGCAAACAUGAACGGUAUCGAGGACUACCUAAAUCUUGAACUUGACUCACCAACUACCGAUUUUGGAUUAAGUCAUCUGGACUUCGAUUUGCAGGAUAGCUAUCUUGCUUGGGAUGGUUACAAGAAAUUCAACUAAUACUUUCUUCACCUAAUAUAUGAAGUGAAGCUGUAAUCAAUAGUUUCUUUUAGUAUGAUGAAGUUAUAGAGUCAUAGUAUGUUUCAUCCAGGUACUAAAACAAUGGAAUGUGGAACUUGACUUGUCCACAUAUAAAGAUACAUAUUGCUUGCUCACUGUGAAAGUGACAGAUACAUUGUUGUGUGUAUUAUGUGUAUAUUACUAUCUUUGAAUGGUUUAUUGGU